CUUCUCCUUCCUUUGAUCCCCUUCAUUCUACCCAAAAGAAUCAUCACUCGUCCUCACACUUACAAUCUAUACCAUCCCAAGCCCGACAAAAUGUCCUCCCCCCAAUACACCCUCCCCUCUCUCCCCUACGCCUACGAUGCCCUCGAACCCAUCGUCUCCUCCGAGAUUAUGCGCCUCCACCACCAAAAACACCACCAAACCUACAUCACCAACCUCAACGCCGCCCUCACCGCCCAAGCCACCGCGCUCGCCGCCCACGACAUCCCCACGUUGCUGAGCCUGCAGGCGAAACUCGCCUUCAACGCCGGCGGCCACAUCAACCACUCGCUGUUCUGGCGCAACCUGGCCCCGUAUGGCUCCGCGGCCACGGACAUGGCCCGCUCCGCGCCGGCCCUGAAGCGCGUCAUUGAGACGCAGUGGGGGUCGGUGGAGGCGUUUGUGGCGGCGUUCGGGCAGGUGUUGCUGGGGCUGCAGGGGAGUGGAUGGGGGUGGUUGGUGUGUGCGGGGGGCGAUGGCCCGCAGCCGUUGGAGAUUGUGAGUACGAAGGAUCAGGAGCCGGUGGGCUCUGGGAAGACGGUGGUGUUUGGAGUGGAUAUGUGGGAGCAUGCUUAUUAUUUGCAGUAUCUGAACAACAAGGCGGGGUAUGUGGAGGGGAUUUGGAAGGUGAUCAACUGGGUGGAGGCGGAGGAGCGGUUCACGAAGGGGGGGGUGAACGAUGGCGGUGCAGUGUUGAAGCUGUGA